UCAAAAUCAGAGUUUCUUCUUCGUCUGCCAAUCCCAGUGGUUCUGGCUCCAAUGGCUUCUCUUGGCUCCGCAUCGGCUCCGAGAAGGUCUGGUCCAAAUUUGGGGAGUCGGUUAAGAUGGAAACUGGGUUUGAUUUGGAUGAGGAGAAUGUGAGGAUUGGUUUGUUGGUGGGACGAGUUAACCAAGGUUUAAGGAAGGGCGAGGGUGAAUUCAAUCGGUUUAGGACCAAGUUGCUUCCCGAGUUUGAUAGCUGGAACCAGUGGGAGCGUUGGAAGGAUUUUAAAAACUGGGAUCUCAAAGGGAUCACUGCUUUGGUCCUCUAUAUUUUCGUUGCAAUAAUUUCUUGUCAAAGAUUGUAUGCUGUUGUGCGAGCUCCUUUACGAGAUCGAGAAAGAAAACAAUUAACAGAGGCAUAAAAGAGGCAUUGAUUCCUG